AUGCCUGCUCCGACAGCAUACAGUUCCUCUGCGAAGUCGAGAAAGGAAAAGAAGCAGCGGCAGGAUAGAGACGCUCUAUUCAUCGAUCUCCGCUCGCUUCUAAAAGUGCAGCCGAGCCUCUCGUAAGUCUUAUAAUCUGCUAUUGCAACAUUGAUAAUAUUUGUUCAUUUCAGCAAAGAAAAGACCCUGUUCAAAGCGGUCGAAGCGAUCACUGGCCAGGAGUUCGCUCCGAUCUUGCCGGAACAUCCAUGCACCGCCUCCGCGCCAGGACCAGUCCGCAGAGAACGUAAGGGAAGAUUGGCGGCCGAGAAGGAGCAGAUUCGACGGGACAAGGAGAAGGCCGCGAUGGACGUUCUCAAGUCGUUCAUCAUAGAAAACGAACUGGGAACCAGUGAGCAGAGGUAAGGGUUAAGGAACUCAAGGCCCAUUUCGAACAUUAUCUCUCAUUUCAGAAACAAGUUGGAGAACCUUGUGACUCUCGAGAUCAUCUGCAACUUCCUCCGCUCGCGUGCAACUGCUUCUCCUGCUCCGGCCGCUUCCGUCCCUCCCGCUCCGUCUCUCUCUCCCCAAUUGCCGCCACUUCUUUUCGAAUAUGCCAAGAUACUCCAAUAUCUCGCAUACUUCCAGCCGGCCCAGUUCUUUGCGCUUCUGGCAGCUAGUCCGAUGUUCCAAAAUAAAGAGGAAGAGAUCGAUGUCGUCGGCGACUAA